AUGUGGGCAAAGCUCUACAGGAAUGUCGUCCCAGUCGAAACCACGAAACCUACAGGUUCAUCUGGGAUGGGGGAAAGGAGAGCUGAACAACUUGUCAUGCAAGCUAGGAAAGAUGAGAAUGAUGGAGGAGUUGUAAGAGGGUGGAAAGUGGGAAGUGAGCGGAGAGGUGCUGCAACACUGUUAGAACAGAGGGGUGGCCUUGUUGAGGCAGUUGAGAGUAUUACUGCACCUUCACUUCAUGAAGUGAUGCAGGCUGUUGAAUCUUUACCUGGGGGACGUUCUGAUAGUUGUUUGCGGUGGUUUUCAAGAGGGCUAUUUAAAUGUCAGCCUAAGAAGAGAGUGAUGUUUUCUAAAGUGCAAGGUCCUUUCUUCAAGGUUGCUUGA